AUGGCGCCCAGCACUGCCUACCCAGGCUUAUACGCUGAAGUCACUGUUGACGGUUGCCGGCUGACAGAGUACGACGACGGCGAAGAUGCACGCUCUAAAACCAAAAGAGUCUACAUCCAGUCAGAAGAAGGUGAGCAAUUUGGCGUUCAGUACUUUAUCCCCCCCAGCUUGUUCAUGGAGUAUGGCAUCAAAGCAGAGGUCAGCAUCGACGGUGUAAUCAUGCGCAAGUACAUCCAUGACAACUACGUCGGCCGUCUUCAUGGGGUAUCAAGGUAUGCUUGUGCCAGCAGUGCCAAUAUUGGAGAUCUCUGCGUCGGGCAGCGAUUUCGGUUUGCCACUCUAGACACACACGAUGAGACGGGGACUGUAAACACAGCGGUGCAGAACCAACUAGCGGCCACGGGUGAGAUAUCAGUAUCUUUCUAUCGCAUCACCAACAUCCGUGUCUCGAGCGCAGGCAAGAAGGCACCAACUAUACAGGAGUAUGACAAGGUUCCGGAAAAGGCUAUGAAAGGCUCUGCAGUUUCGCUCAAGACACAACUCGACCCCUUCGAACGCAUUGCACCAGUUACGUGGGUCGAAGCCGACCAUGUCGAUGGAGAUCGCCCAUUCGCUGUUAUUCAAUUCAAAUACCGCUCUGCAGCUGCUCUCCGGUCACUUCAUAUACUCCCUCCGCUUCCGAAUUCUGUGUCCCGAGAGAAGGGCACAGCCAGUCAGCUUUCAUUGGCGAAGAAGCCUCAGUUGCUGGAUAUUUAUCAGCCCGGGAAGGAAGUGGUGCCGGUAACGAAACGCCAACGUACCGAGAAUGAAGAGGGCGCUGAGGUCAAGCUAGUCGGGGAAAGGAGUGCAAAGCGUCGAUGCCUGCCCACCGAUAAAGAUGAGAUUAUUGUACUGGAGUGA